AUGGAGGUGGGCGCGGCGGGCUUCGAGCGGCGCCUGCCGCGGCUGCGGCGCCGCCUGCAGCGCGCCGCCUUCCUGGGGCUUGACAUGGAGUUUACAGGCCUGCAUUCAGCCCUCCCACUGAAUAACAAGCCAAGUCUGUUUGAUUCCCCGGCCGAGUGGUACGUGAAGGCCAGGCAGAGCGUUCAGCGCUUCACGGUUAGUCAGUUCGGACUGGCGAUUUUCUCACAUGAAAAGCCAAACAAGUAUGUGGUGCAUUCAUACAACUUUUAUCUCUUUCCCUCAACAUUUGGAGCUACGGAUCCUGAAUUCACCCUCUCUGCAUCUAGCAUUCGCUUCCUGUCUCAUUAUGGCUUUGACUAUAAUAAGUUCCUGAAAGAUGGAAUCCCCUACAUGAAUGAGUUGCAGGAGAAGAGCCUUAGGCAGUAUCUCUCGGCAGGAAGCUGGAAAGUCCACAGUGUCCUGGACAGGGACAGCAUGAAGAAGGCCAUUGAUGAAGUGACAUGCUGGAUMGGAGGAGCAGAGGAAGAGGAGACUAUGAUUCUGCGGGAUCUGAGUGGUUUUCAGAGGUUCGAAGUUCAGCUCGUUCUGAGGCAGGCUCUUCAAAAUGUUUGGACACAACCUCUUGGGGACCAUGAGGUGAUGGUGAAAAAAGUGAGUCCACAGCAUCGCCGGCUUCUGGAGAACUCUCCCCGUGACUCCUGCCGGRAAGAGCUCAUUCUUGCAUCUGCCCGGGGCUUCACCAACCUCUUCCAGGCCCUUGUUAAAGCCAAGAAGCCGCUGGUGGGACACAACAUGCUCAUGGACCUUCUGCACCUUCACGACAAGUUCUACAAGCCCCUUCCAGAAAGCUAUGAGGAGUUUAAAAGGAACAUUCACAGCUUGUUUCCUGUCAUCAUAGACACCAAGACUGUAACAAAGUCUGUCUGGAAGAAUCAYCCAUUUCCUCGAGUAUCUAAUCUGUUGGAGGUGUAUGAGGUUUUGUGCAGCAGCGACCUAAAUCCCACAGAUCCAACGUGCCCAGUGAUUGUUCUCGCAAGUGGCUGCUCAAGAUAUGCUGAGAAGUCGUCGCCCCAUGAGGCAGGCUACGAUGCCUUUCUCUGUGGCUCAGUUCUUCUGAAAGUAGCUCACUUGCUACUGUGUGGAUCAUCAGGUGUCACAGCAGAGAAUGAUCCUUCUUUCCCCGAGUAUCUCGGCGCGUUGGUCAAGUGCCAGAACCAGGUGCAUUUCAGCGGCGGCGGCGUCUGCAGCCUCAAUUUUUCGGGGGCAGAUGUGCCUUGCCGACGUCCCCCUCUCUUGGUUGUCCGCAUCCAAGGCUGUCGAGGGCUCAGUGAAUGGCACAUUUACCAUGAGUUAAAAACCCUCUGUCACUUUCAUGUCAAACGGCUUUCAGAGAACCAGUUCAUUUUGCAGUCCAAUAAAUUUAAGCACACCAGGCUGGCCCUGCGCGACUACAAGGACCACCCCCACCUGCAGAUUUCUCUCUAUCGCCACUGGAGGCACUCGCCGAACAUCAGCUGCCUCCUGCAAGUCUCCAGUAUUGUGGCACUGUGGUCUCUCGUGGCCUUUGUACUUGGAAGAGCUCCUUGCCAUUCAGUGUGAAGGAUUGUCUUAUGGAUGAGAACUGAGGAACGCUGAUCUUAUUCACUGUCUGUUUGUCKAUAUUUUGUUUGUCUUGCACAAUAAAGCAAUAAUAAGGUACAAA